CUGUUUUUCUGUGCUUUUUGUGAUGUUGUUUUACAUUGUAGGAGCUACAAUUGCUGGUACCAUCAGAAGACACCUGUUGAGUGUGUUUUGUCUUCUGCAGGAAUAAACUGUGAAAAGCCAACCUUUCUGAGCGUCUGUGAUUCAUGAAGAACGGAAGCGUUACACUGGUGCCGUGACCAUUCGGAUCUUCAGAUCAGCUUGAUGCUCAUCGCCGUGGCUGCUGUUCUGCUCCCCUGCUGUUCACAAGUUGAAUGUGGGUUGUUGUAACCAAGUGAGUUUAGACAAAAAAAAAAAAAAAAAAAAUCCCCCAAAAACAAACAAAAAAGGUGAGGGGUGUGAUUGAAAUAAGACAAAGGUAAAAGUGCCUGUGUUUUGAUGUACAACGUGUGGUUAUACGCUCGAAUUGUUUAGACAUCAUUAUUAUUAUUAUUUUUCUUUCCCUCGUUUUGCUGCUAUUAUACUGUUAUUUCUCUUAUUUUUAUCUGUUUUUUUUCUCUCCCUAACGGAGUGCACGUGUAGGUAUUAUCUUAAGUGUGUGACUUGAGGAUGGAUAAAUUUGUCACUCCAGUACUACCUAAGGGUAGAGGUGCCGGACUAGUUCAUGCAGUUGACACCAAUAAUGUCACACAGUUUGGUCCUGUGAGCAGUGACACUGGGCUAGGCCAAAGCCCGAGUUUUAUUCCCAUCGGUAGGGGUAUGGGUGAUUUGCCUCAAGUUUCCACUCCAAUUAGAGACAGCAAUGCUGUACACGGCUUUACUGACAUGGUUGAGCAAAUAGGAGCCCAGAUUGUUACUAAACUGUUGUCAGCUGGUGUUGUGAAUCUGACUGGUGACUCUAAGACUCAAACUGAGCAAUGUAACAGUACCGCUCGAGAUGUACCACAUGUAACUGUUCAUGUUAAGCCCAAUAAGGAGCUUCAAAUUUUUAGGGGUGAUGGCACAGACAGAUGUUCAGUUCAGGAAUGGAUUGACAUGGCAACGACUUAUCUGUGGAAGCAAGAGGUCCCCAUUGAUGGCCAGGCUGACGAAAUUAUUAGCCAUUUAAUGGGGAAGGCCAGAGAUGUGGUCAGAGUGGCUCUUCGUAGUGACCCAGGUCUUGAUGUCAAACAGAAACCUGAUCUGGUCUUUGGUGUCCUUCGCCAUUAUUUCAGUGACUCUUCAUCGUGCCUCCCUCUUGGUGACUUCUAUGCAACACUCCCUACCAGAGGUGAAAACCCAGUAGAUUAUUGGAUAAGACUGAACAAGGCUGCUGAACUGGCCAUAGAGGGGCUACGCAGACUGGGGCAGACAGCGACCCCUUUAACCCAUGAAGUAGCAUGUAUGUUCGUGAAACAUUGCCCUGACCCUGAGUUGUCUUAUGUCUUCAAGUGCAAGCCUGUCCAUGAGUGGACUGCUCGGGACUUACAACAAAGGAUUGAUGAUUAUCAGAGGGAGGUGAGAGCUAAUGGCAGAGCGAGCGGCGCUGCACAGUUGAAGGGCUGUAAUUCUACGAUCACUGCCGUGCACCCGAACGCCUCACCUGCAGCUGCUGCGCCGGAGGGAUGCUCCCGAAGCUUCUUGCCCCCGUCCUCAGGUUUUCAGGGGUUGGUGAACUCGUUCCCCUCCACCACAACACGAGAGCCCCUCAUCGGUAGCCCGCGUUUGUCCCCUUCGACUGCGGUGAGCCAAAAUCUUCAACAGUCAGAGGAAAGGCUCAUGGGUCAGAUGGUGGAUAUGUUUCAGGCCAUGAUGGAGAGAAUGCAGCACCACAACACUCAGAGACCUAGGAGAGGGGCAUUUAAUCAGUUCUCACGAAAAGGACGGAGGAGAGAGGAUGCCUGCAGAGUCUGCAGUGAUCUGAGACAUACCACAGCAUCACACUGCCUAUCUGAUAAACUGUGCUUUUCAUGCUUUGCUCCUGGCCAUGUUCGGUUGUCCUGCCCGGCUAGUACUUCUACCCAGGUCCAGCCAGAGGGAAACUAG